CGACCUCAUAUUUAGGUUUUUAGUCUAAUCAAUAUAUUUGACAGGGAAACAGUGUGCAAACUGGAAUAUGUAUAGCCACGUUUUUAUUUGAAAGCACUCAAGAGGAAAGGGCACUUUCUCUCCUGGACAAAAAAGGGUAGGAGCCCCUUUGACGUCUAUGUGUGCACGUGCCUUCCCGUUCCCUCUCUGACGGCGCAAUUUUGAUCACUCAGAACCUAGCAGACGUACUCGCAGACUCACUGGUCUGGUCUGUGGGUGAAUUUCCGUUCCUCUUUCCUAUUGUAGGUCAGUGUGUUGAUGCCCCUGAGCAUAAGAGCUCAUUCUGCUGUGGGUGGAAGCGAGACUAGGGGGAAGAGAGGAGGGGUAAUGAGGCAGCUGCCUGCAGGAUGGGUUUCAGCUUUUGCCCCCGCAGAUCCGCUAGCUGCCUGGGUUGAUAAGUCGCAAGGCCCAAAGCUGUGUGUGUGUGUGUGUGUGUGUGUGUGUGUGUUUGUUUGUGUGUGCUGCCUACCGCACAUGCAGGAGGGGCCCUGUUGUCUCCGCAUGGCUUCUGAGAUUGUGCAACCACUUCCGUCUGUGUCAGAGUAUGACUGGUGUGUGCACAGUGUGAGUGUGUGUUUGCUGUCCUGUGCGUAAGAUGAGUUGGCAGAUAAGCCUGGCUGUGGCUUUCGGGAAAAGCGCCGAGCAGCAGAGCCAUUGGAGCCAGUGAAGCUACCAGCUGCUAGCCUCUGCAUUUAAGCUCCUGGCCUGUCUUCAAAGGCCAACAGCCCAUUCCAGACAUCUCUCUACGGGCUUGUGUAAUGCGGCACCGAUGGGGCUCCGACGGGGAGGGCCAGCAGCUCAGUAAAUGACCACUGACACACUCACGAUUCCUCCGGCCAGGGGGCUGUGCCAUGACCCGUCUGCAUCUUCUUUUUUUGGGGGUGUGUAAAGGUCCGAGAUGUCAUCCAAAAUGCAGAGUUCAAAUAACAUCGCCCAGGCUAGGAGGACUGUACAGCAGCUGAGAAUAGAGGCCAACAUGGAGAGGAUAAAGGUGUCGAAGGCCUCUGCAGACCUCAUGCACUACUGUGGAGAGCAUGCCAAGUACGACCCUCUUCUCAUGGGAAUCCCAGCCUCAGAAAACCCCUUCAAAGACAAGAAGCCCUGCACCAUAUUGUAGCCUGAAGUCACUGCAUCGUCUUAAGUUUUUUUUUCUUUUAUUUCUUUUUAAAAAUAUGACGGAUACAUUCAGUUUUUUUAAAAGAAAAGUUAAUAUGCUACUACUUAUUUGGAACAGGCAUCUAACUGUCAGUUGGAAGGUUCCCCAGAACUGUGUUCAUCUUAUCAGGCACAAACAGUUGCAUUUUACCAUUCCUCCCACUACCACAGUACCACCCUUUCUUUUUUGUUGGUCAUGAUGGUUGUCUGAUUUGCAGCCCCCCCACCCCACCCCAUUCAUUUGAUUCGACAUUUGAUCAGCAGGACACAGAGUGUCUUUCUCCUGUGUGACCACACUAGACAAAGUCCUAAUUGACUCUCUUGUUAACACAGGCAGUCAAAGAGUAAGAGUAAAGGAAGGAGAUGGAUAAAAGAAAGAGAGAAUGAGAGGAGGGCAGGAUUAGGGCAAAGGUCACAUGCAUUGAGGCACUUGUGUGUGUGU